AUGAAUAACACAGUGUCAGAUAAUAAUUCAAUAAAUGACACUAAUUCCUUUAUAAAAUACAGUCCAAAUAUGUGUCGAGCUUGUUUAUCUGACAAAAAUCUUCAAUCAAUAUUUUUAGAGGUUAGAAAUACACCAAAUUUUAAUUCUGAACAAAAUCAAUGUUUGAAGGAGAAUACAAUUUUGGAAAUGUUUAAUUGUUAUAAGGCUCUUGAAAUAUCACAAGACGACCAAUAUCCCAAGCACAUAUGUAACGAUUGUCUUAAACAGGUAGUCGAUGCUUACAAGUUUUGGAAUAAAUGUAAAGAUUCACUUGCGAAGUUGAACAUCGGUUUUGAUUUGAUAGAUUUAAAAGAUGAUUUGCUUAGUUAUGAUUUUGAUGGUGACUCUAAUGCCACUACAGUUGAUAGUGUACAAAAUAAUGAAUCAUAUACUUGUACGGUAUGUGGAAACUGUUUUGCAUCGACACAAAGUCUUUUAGCACAUCAACAAAUACAUGAUAGAACGGUUAGUCAGGAUGAUAGUUGUUCAGAGUCUGAUGUUCCUAUAAUGGAUAUUAUUAAAUCCACAAAGGCAGCUUUACGACAAACUGAGAAGCCCAAUAUAAGUUGUAGUGUGUGUAGAAAGGCAUUUAAAACAAAGGCAAUGCUCACAAAACACAUGAAAGUACAUGAAUCAUCAACAAGCGAUGCAGGAAAUUUAGAUUCUUGUAUUGAUGAUAGUGGUUCAGAGUCUGAUGUUCCAAUAAUGGAUAUAAUCAAAUCAAUAAAAGCUUCACGACAAACUAACAAGUCUAAUUUAAGUUGUAAAAAGUCAAUUAGAAAUAAGACAAUGUUUAUAGAACACAUAAAUGUUCAUAAAUUAUCAACAAGUGGUGCAGAGGCUUCCAAAAGUCUAGAUAAGUGCAUCAAGUGCAAAUACAAGUUUGUAAGUGAGGAUGAAUUUAUUAAUCAUGUCUGCAAAGCAGAUUCUGAUGUAUACGAGUGUGAAAUAUGUUUUAAACAAUAUAAAUCUCGUUUUGCAUUGAAAGAACACAAAGAAAUAACCCAUGAAGAUAAUUCUUUGUUUAUUUGUAGUAUAUGUAAAGCUUCUUUCAAGCUUCAGAAGUCUUUACGCAGACAUGAGUUAAAAAUCCACAAACUCAAACCAACACACACAUGUACAACUUGUGGUGAAAAAUUUGAUAAUAAAAUUUUGUUAAGAAAACAUUCCCAAACGCAUUCAGAACCUCCUACGGAACCUAAGUGUUUCUUGUGCCAAGUAUGUGGCUUAAAGUUAAAAUGCACCUCCAAAAUAAAAGCCCACCUAGAAUCCCACUCCGACACCAGGAAUUACAAUUGUGACAAAUGUCCUAAGACUUAUAAAACUUACGAUGGUUUACAAAUACACAAAGCAACACACAACCAAACAAAACAAUUCGCUUGUGAAAAAUGUGGUAAAGUGUUUUCCAAUAACUAUUUAUUACAAUGCCACAUUAAAAGACUCCACAUAAACGCCAAGCCUUUCAAAUGCCAUGUAUGCUCCAAAAGUUUCAACUCCAACGGUGAGCUUGUCAUACACGUCCGAAUACACACCGGUGAACGUCCUUUUCCCUGCAAGGAGUGUGAAAUGGCUUUUUCAAGCGCUUCCCGGUUAACACUACACAUGCUGAAACACACAGGUGUGAGGAAGUACAAGUGUACGGUUUGUGAUAAAGCUUUUAAGUACCCCCAGCAUGUCAAAACGCACAUGGUGAUACACACUGGAGAGUGCCCUUAUCGAUGCCAAAUUUGUCCAAAGGCUUUUAAGUAUAGACAGAUAUUGAAAAACCAUAUGAAACUACACGAAAGGGAGUCUUUGGGAACUAUGGUUCCUAUUUUGGGGCAAGAGUUGAGUAAUUGAAAAUAGAGAUGAUUUGUGAAAGUGACUUGAU